GACGACCUAAUUCCCAUGCACCACUAUUAGUGGAUACCUAACAACAAGGAAAACAAGGGAGAGGCUUUCGUCUUCAUCUUCGUCUUCAAUGGAGGAAAGGAAAGGGGAUGCUAGAGUAUACAUCAUCUCAUUCAUGUUCUUUGCCUGCAUAGUAACAGGAGGAAUUCUCCUCUUUCUCUACAUUUUCGUCCCACAAGCAGACUCUGCAUCUUGGUAUCCAAUUGUGGGAAUGAUACUGGUUGGAAUCCCAUGGGCAUUUUGGCUUUUCACUUAUUUAUAUAGAUGCAUCAAACCCAGCACUGACACACAACUGAGCAAGCAGAACAGCAGUCAUAGAUCAACCCAACCCGUAGGCGGUGCAACAAACACAGACAAUUCACGGAGCCUAGAGUCCCCGCUUAACUCUCCGUGUGGUGGCGGCCAACGCCGUGUGCAUUUUGGGGCAGUCGUUGUGUUGGGAAAUGAGGACAAUAGUGCCCAUGAUACAGGACGUGAUGUCCCGGAAUCAAACCGUGCAACCGAAUUGCAAGGUGCAACGGAUGAAGCUGAAAAGCUUCCGGUAAAUGGAUCUAAGGAAAGUGAAACGCCAUCAACUGUGUCUGUUCCGUAUUAAUCAAUAUGAUUCGUGCAUUUAAGGUACGACAAAGUGCAAGCUGUUAGUGAUUACGCAUGAACGUUUGCCGUGGCGUUUUGUUUUUAACGGAAGUCAUGGAGAUCAGAUGAUGCAUUUCCAUAUAGAGAAAUGGCCUACAACUUGUUUGCAAAAUUACCUCUUUUACUUUAGAGGGAUUGACACUCUUAUGGAAACAAAUUCUUUAGGGGAUGACUGGAAAAAUGUACUUUCUCCUAUAAAUACUACUUUUUGUGGGGAAUCAAGUACUUGGUCUUAUGCUGAGUUCUGUGUUUUGCUAAGAAAGUGAUGUAAGUUUUAGAAGUAAAGUUAAUGCAUGUAGAAUGAGAAGUACUAGGGAAAGGAAGGAUCAAAAUUUUUAAUUUGUUGUGGGUAUAUG